CGAAGAAGAGGAAGAAGACAUACGGGAACAAAGGAAAAACACGUACACUGACGACUGCAUGAACUUGUGUGCAUUUAUCAUUUAUUGUGAAUUUGGCGGGUUCAGCGAAGUCGAGAAGUUUUUAUUUUGUAUAGCCAAAUGUUUUUAUUGAUCAUUACGGUUGAAUGUAGAUCGAAGGAGAUUUAACAUACAUAUCUGCAAUUGAAUUUUUUUCCAACCACCGGACAACCCACAUACACGAAAAUGGCAGAAGUUAUUUGUCUCUCGUCGGAUGACGACUUUCAAGUGAAAAAGCCCAAGAAGAAAUCAACAGAUCUCAAGAAACCUGAGAAGCACAAAGAUGAUAAGUUUAAAAAACGAAAAGCAUCGACAGAACUUAACACUUCAACACCGAAGAAACGAAUUCAGCUGACAAAAGUUGUUAAACGUCAGCCCAGUGACGAUGGGGUCGAAGUGGUGGAGGUGGUCCCCCAAGUACCAAAGGAGGACAUCUCUGAUGAGAAAACUUUAUCUAAAUCUGCCUCAAUGAACUGGAGUUUUCCAUCGACAUCUAGAGCUGGAUCUUCAAGUGAAAGAAAGAAUAAUGGGCCAAAACUUAUGAUAAAGGAGAAACGUCCAGUGGACCGUAAUGACAUUGGCUCAGAGGUAUUCGCCCAAUUCUUAAGUCUGUGUCUCACGAAGGAUCGAAGUCCUGACAUGAAGAAGAUUGUUGAAAAACUGAAGAGACGUUAUGAGCAGACAGACCCUGCAUACGUCCAGUGUCCUGCUUUCAUCAGUCUCUUGAACGAAAAGAGGGACUCCCUGAUGAAGGAGGGAAGUGUAUACACUCACAUCUGCGAAAUUCAUAGUGAAAUGAAGUGCCGGAAGAAGGGGGCAGUCCUUCCGAAGGAGGAGGAGGUUGCUGAAGAAUCCGCAGUUGAAGAGGUUAGGGCAGAGUCGAGCCCAGUGGAUCGCAGGGUAAAACUGCUCUCGAAAGCCAUGACAAAGUGUGAAAAGAGGAUUAAAGAACUGAGGGAAGCUGAAGUGGAUUGGGACGACGACGACAACAGCAACUACAUGAAACUAUCCAAGUACGAGGAGAAAAUGACGAGAAUGUACGCCAAAAUGUGUGAGCUAACUGGUGAUGAUUAUGACGCUGGGCGUCGUUAUCUCAAACCCAAAAACCUCAAAGUCACUGGUAUUCCAGAUGUAGAUCAGGCGAUAAUAAGUUUUAUGAGUAAAAAAUUGAAGGAUAAGAGGAAAAGAACGCAGCAAGGUUUGUCAACUGCUAACUGCGUUAUUUUCCCAGAUUAUUGCGAUAUUAUAAAUUGUAUCAAAGAGUGUAAUGAGCAGCAGAAACUGAGAAUGAAGGAGGAAAAAAUUGAAGAAGUCGCAAAGAAAGCAUUCGCAGAUCUAGGGAAUCAUCUGCAGAAAGUGAGGAAAGAUGAUUUAAUUGAUAGUUUUUCACUGGUGCUUGAGAAUACAUCGGAUCCAGCCCGUGAGAAUCCAGAGUUAUUGAGAAAGUUGGAGGAGAGUAAAGCUGCAGGUAGAAAGAAGAUGGAUGAAAUUUUUGAGGAAUUUGCGAGGAGACAAGACGAGGGAUCACGUAGAGAAGAUGGCAAUGAGACAAAGAGUGAUGCUGAGGGGGAUAAGGACGAAGAGCAAGAUGAUGAGGAGGAUGAUUGUAACGAUGUUGACAGUGCAAGUCGGGCUGAGUCCGAUAUGAGUAACUCCGUGGAGGACUGCUCGACUGAUCCCCUGGAAGUCACGGGAAAUCCACUGAAUGGAGAUGGGAUGACACAUGACGAUUCAGAAGAGGUAUCAGAUUCAGCGGAUACGGUACUCAUCUCGCCGUCUCGAGUAGCUCACAGAGUUCACCAAAUUGACCAGACUCCUUCUAACAGGAUGGUAAAACCACAUUAUGUUGUUGCAGACGUUGAAGGUACUGUGACUAUUCCAACUGAGAAACUUGAAGCAGAGGGAUGGCGUACUGAAAAUCUAUCCAAAAUAAUCAGCAAACCUGGACCGAAGUCCUCAAAAGUCCCCAAUCCUGGAAAACCCUCAAUCAAAAACAUUCAAAAUGUCAAGGUGGUCAUAAAGGCUCAUGAAAUUGUGAGAAUCAGCGAGUUUCAGGAUCAGACGGCAUCAGGUGGUGAGCAAUCCUCAGUGUCAGAAAAUGACUUAAAAUCGGCAAAAUCAGUUGUUGAAAGUAUUAAAUUAUUUCCCGAUAACGGGGAAAAUGGGAAGGAAUCCCCAGAUAAUGAGGAGACAGCAUUUGGAGGAGGUUCUAAAGAGAAAAUUGAGAGAAAAGUGCCUUCUGCUGUCAAUUCAUAUAUAGGGAAUACUAUAAUUUCGAAGGAGCUUGAAUUAAAAAAUGGAGGUGUACCAAGCCAGCCAAAUUCCAAAGUGUCGAAAACUGCAUCUAUCACUGAAUCCACAUCAACACUCCAGGAUUCACCGCCUAAACAGAUUGCCAUUGAGGAUAAUCCUCCGACGAAGGCCGCAAGUGUUGAGAAUCCAGAGAUUACAUCGAGUACUGAAAAUAUCAUUGCCGAAAGUAAAUCACCUCAACUAACAGUCUUGGAAGAUGUAGCAGACCAAGUGGAUGAUACAGCAGUUACCGAGAACGAUUCUCCAUUACCAGAUUCAACGUUGCAAGGGGCAGAUAUAAAAGAGGCUGAUAAUACCAAAGACAUCAAUAAGUCCGAAAUUGAAACACGACCAGUAUUGAAACUCCGUGCAUUCGCGAAGCCCCCCGAAUUCUGGAACAAUUCUCCAGAAAAGAAACUGCCAACUCCGAAAAUCAAGAAAACUGCAAACCCACCAAAAACGAUUGAAUGCGUAGAUUUGGAGGAUAACACAGUCGGAACGAAUAGUUCAUCAUCCAGUGCAGGUGCAUCAUCCUUACCACGAGCACGAGUGCCAGGGAGUGUAAAUAUGAGAUCAGCGGUUAAUCGAACAGUCAAGGAUCAGUCGACGGUCGUUAGGAUCAUUGAACACGCCAAGCCCUCUAAAACACGAGUGAUCGACGCAUCGCGAGCAAAAAUCUUACCACUGGAUCCUGCAAGAUCCUCCAGUAUAAAAAAAAAUAAUUCUCUUUUAAUCAUGAAGCAAUCACCCGCCAGGCCGAUUCAAAAUACUACUGUUGGAUCAUCGAGUGUUCAACAGGACCCAAGAUAUGUUCGUAUGAAUACUGCGAUUCACACUAUGUUGACGAGCCCCUCCUGUCAUAAAUUGGUAAAUCCCGUGUCCAUGCUGAAAAUCAUGAAGAAGCGUCAAUAAUCCUGGGGAGACAACGGUGACUUAUUGUGGGGCCUCAGGAGCUACAAGAAUAACACGAGAUGUAUAUUAUUUUCUUAUAUUUUAUCGUCACAUAUAAUUAAAUUAUCGAUGAAUAGGACAUUAAAGAAAAAUUUCAUAUGAUGCUUUCAA